GGGCCUUACCCCCCUACCACCAUCACGCUUCACGGCAGCCAUCCCUUGGCCCAUCUCAGCUCCUUUCCACCAAAACCAAGGCCGCCAAUGCCUGUUGCUAAGCGCUCACAGUGGUAGAGGCUGAAACCUGCAUUGGUAAAGACGUCUAUUAAUAGAUGUAUUUAUAAAAACCUAUCGCGCCGCCCGCUGCUUAUGGAACGAUAGACCUUGUUUUUUCGGCCCGACCCACUUGAUCCACACUGUUUAAUUCACCCAGGGUCACCCCGAGUUCUCUUGUAUUUUUCAUAAGGAAACCUAUAGCCCAUGACAGGAAUAUCGGAUGAGGAUGUUGAGAAGAUACUCGCAGAACAUUCGGAACAGCCGCGGGAUGUCGACGAAGCCAUGGGAAUUGGAAAAAGAGCUGGUGAUGAGAUAAAGGUAAGAGAGGAAAAAGUCUAGUGGAAAAGGGGGGAUCAGCUGAACGGAGAGGAAAAAAAAAAAAAAAGAGAACCCGAUGGGAAACCUUUCUAUCGGAAUGUCACCUAUAGAUGGCUAAUUAAUUCCUCAACGAGGAGAUCGAAUACAGGCAGAAGCGAGGAAUCUCUACGAAAAAUAUAAUUUGGGCGGGCAAGAUCGCACAUACAGUCGGAUCCCAGACGAAAUCAAGCGACCCGCAGAAGACGAACUCUACGCAUGGAUGUUAACGAGAUAUCCACAGUUUGCCUCCCAAAAAUACGCUAGCUGGAGAAUGGCGCGAGCUUGGAAAUCAUUAGCACGAAGAAAAAGUCGGAGAACAAGAGGUACAUCCUUUUCCACCUACCAGCCUAUUUUCUGCCCUCACUAAAAUGUCACUCCCGCAGGGCUAAAUAACAGUAAUCCAGCGCCCGAGGAAGGAGUGGAACCACCGGCGGAACACAGCAAAGGUUAUUUCUCCAUGGAUAAGAAUGCUCAUGAUCGCUCCCACUAAAUUUGCUCAUAGUCUCUAAUGUCCCCGAGAUUCCACAAGAAGCACCAGCAAGGCCUAAAGGUGUGUUCCCGCCCGGCGGGAGCCCUCUGCAAAAGCUAAUGAGGUAUAGGACCUUUCAGACCAUGGGAGUAACAAUGACACGGGACUAAUCGUAGAUGGGAGGACGUAUCUCGGGAAUAGAGUUGGGGGCCUUAGAAGGGGGUGGGUUAACCACCACGGGAGGUCGCAUUUUUAUUUUUUAUUUUUAUUCUCUACAAGAAUUUACAUCUUUCAUAGCGGGCUAU